AUGUUCAACUCUGAAUCCUUCCUCAGCUCCCUGCACAGAGGCUGCCUCAGUAGCUGUGCUGCGGUAGACACUGGUCACCAGCACAGUCUGGAUCAAGCGUCCCCACAUGUGGCUGCGUUGGGAGCCAGCAGGGAAAAGGCUGUCUGGCACUGGCCUCCUCUGGGCUCCUCUGACGUUGGCCUUGUCGCUGGAGUGCUUGAUUAUAAAGGCCUCCUAGGUCAGAAGGGGAAGUCAAGACGCCCUAACGCCUUGAGCGGCAAUAGACAGAGGCACCUUAGCCACCGCGGGACCCCUGCAGGCGUGCAGGAGCCAGCCAGUCGCGCAGGCGCAGGGCCGGAGCGGGAAUGCGCCCCGCCUUCCCCGGGCCCCGCCCCCCCGCUUCAGUUCCGGGUCCUGUCAGUAGGGGCGGCCGCGGUCUGGGCAGCGGCCAAAGGCGCGCAGCUGCGCGGCCCGGGUUUCCAGCCGGGCCUCUUUCCCGGCCGGGCCCCAGCAUGGCUGCCCCCAGGGCUGCGGGUGGGGACGGUGCCGCGUUGUCGCGUUCCUGACGGCCCCUGGCGUCUGUGCUCUCCUUCUCUUCCCCAGGCCACUCCAGCAGACAUGUUUGCCAAGGCCUUUCGGGUCAAGUCCAACACGGCCAUCAAGGGGUCGGACAGGAGAAAGCUUCGGGCUCAUGUGAUGGCUGCUUUCCCCACUCUAGGAACGGAUCAGGUCUCUGUGUUGGUACCUGGAAAGGAGGAGCUCACCAUUGUGAAACUGUUUGCUCACAGAGGGGAUGCAGUGACUGUGUACGUGAGCGGUGGUAACCCCAUCCUGUUCGAAGUGGAGAAAAAUCUGUAUCCGACAGUGUAUGCCUUGUGGUCCUAUCCUGACCUUCUCCCAGCUUUCACGAUGUGGCCUCCGGUGCUUGAAAAACUGGUGGGGGGAGCAGAUUUGAUGCUGCCAGGACUCGUGGUGCCCCCUGCUGGUCUGCCUCAGGUACAGAAGGGUGACCUCUGUGCCAUUGCCUUGCUGGGGAACAGAGUGGCUGCACCAGUUUGCAUUCUCACCAACAUUGCCAGAGGAUUUCCCUCUCUCCACAUCUUCACCAAUACCUGUUGUUUUCUGUGUUGUUUAUGUUAGCCAUUCCGACAGGUGUGCGGUGAUACGUCAUUGUAGUUUUGAGUUGUACUUCCCUGAUGUUGAGAGAUGUCGAGCAUCUUUUUAUGUGUCUGUUAGCCAUCUGGAUGUGUUCUCCGGAAAAAGGCGUAUUCAUGUCUUCUGCCCGUUUCUUAACUGGAUUAUUUGUUGUUUGGGUGUUAAGUGUAUAUCUUGUUGUUGGGUGUUGAGUUCCUUAUAUGUUUUAAAUAUUAAUCUUAUGAAAUUUUAAAA